GAGCUAUCGUCCCAAAAGCUCAACUACAUUCUUGGGGUUCCGCUCGUCCGUCCACCUCCUCCUCGCAGGGCCGCACCCGCCGUCCCAUCUCUCGACCCCGACAGCAAACGUCUCGACAUGGCGGCUCGAGACGAGGCACAGCCUUCAUCGUUCAUUUCACGUCUGCCGUUCUUUGGCGGGCGCAAGACAAAUUCCCCGCCCAGGGACUCCAACGAAUCCGAAACUGACGAACCGCCGUCCAAUGCGCCGCCCAAAUGGAGCUUUGGCGUGCUGAAUGACAAGAAGACAAUCGAAGUUCCAGGCUCCGUACUGCUUCUUGCGGACCACAAAAACGAGCCGCUGGGUCUCCGCAAUGCGCCGGCGCGGACGUCCCACUCUUCCUUUCCAACAAGCAAUUUUCCCGAGCCACAUCCUCCGGCCGACGUAAAAAAGAAGACCACCGACGGCAAGAUCAUCCUCGAACCCCAGCCCGAGGAUGCGCCCAACGACCCGCUCAACUGGCCGAAGUGGCGUCGCGACGCCGCCCUGCUCUCCAUCGGCCUGUACUGUAUGGUCGGCGGCGGUCAGACGUCAGUUCUGGCCGCGGGCUUUACCGAUAUCGCCAGGGAUUACGGCGUCCCCGUACACUCGGUUUCCCUGACGGUAGGCCUCUACAUGAUGGGUAUGGGUCUCGGGUCUGUUUUCGCGUCGCCUACGGCUAUUUUAUACGGCAAGAGGCCCGUUUACCUCGCGAGCGCCAUACUUUUCAUCGUUACUUCUGUCUGGUGCGCGCUAUCUCCUAGCUUCCCUUCCCUUGUGGUGGCAAGGAUUUUCCAGGGCGUCGCCGUCAGCCCGGUCGAAUGUUUGCCCUCUGCGACGGUCGCCGAAAUCUUCUUCCUCCACGAAAGGGCCUACCGACUUGGUAUCUAUACACUGCUGCUGCUAGGCGGCAAGAACCUGAUCCCACUGGUCAGUGCUGCCAUUAUCCAAUCGCUCUCGUGGCGCUGGGUGUUUUGGGUUGUUACUUUCGUCGUCGCCUUCUGCGGUGUCCUGCUCUUCCUCUUCGUCCCUGAGACGUUUUGGGAGCGGGUGCCGCAUCCCAAGCCCAAGACCCCCUCCAGGCCGGGCCUGUUCAAGCGUAUAUCAUCGAGAUAUGUUCACCAGCACGUUCAACGCGCGGAGCGUCCCGCUACUGCGCACGCAGCCCCCACGGCCGCGGAAUCUGAGGCCACAACCCCCGACAAGCGCCACGACCACCACGUCAUGUUUGCGGAAUCUACCGAGGCGAGCAACAACGGCAACAGCGCCGAGGCCUCGCCCGAAGCGAAAGCUGACGACCAGCAGCCCGAGUACACCCACAAGUCUGAGGCUUCGGAGCCUGCCAGCUCAGAGGACGAGAAGAAGCAGCAGCAGCAGAAGCCGGCUGUUCCAGCCCUCGACACGAUAAAUUUGGACCGGGGGGAAACCAACCAGAUCCCGGUCUCGGCCAACCCAAGGCUUGAGAGCAACACCAAGGCCUCGCCCGUGGUCGGCCGCAAUGUGUUUUCCCCCAUGGACCCCGUAAAACGGCAGCAGCAAGACAAGGCGGCGACCAAUGUAUACUCGAACCACUGGCGCGAGCGCGAAGCCAAGUCCUUCGUCCAGCAGCUCCGCCCAUGGCACGGCCGGCUCAACAACGACCGGUGGCUCAAGGUCGCAUUCCGACCUUUUGUUCUCUUCAGCUACCCGGCCGUGCUUUGGUCCUCGGCCAUGUACGCCUGCUCGGUCGGCUGGCUGAUCGUCGUGUCCGAGGCGGUGGCCGUCAUUUACCGUGAAAAGUAUUACAACUUUGACGCCCUCGGCGUCGGCCUGGUCUACCUCUCGCCCUUUAUCGGUGGCGUGUUGGGCACGGCGGUUGCCGGCAAGGUCUCGGACAUUUUCGUCAAGGCCAUGUCCCGGCGCAACGGCGGCCUGUACGAGCCCGAGUUCCGCCUCAUCAUGGCCCUGCCGAUCGGCAUCACGACCGUCAUGGGACUGAUGGGCUUCGGCUGGAGCGCAGAGCAACGCGACAACUGGAUCGUGCCGACCGUCUUCUUCGGCAUCAUCAGCUUCGGCUGCUGCCUGGGGAGCACAACGUCCAUCACCUUCUGCGUCGACAGCUACCGACAGUACGCGGGUGAGGCGCUCGUCACGCUCAACUUUGCAAAGAACAUCUUGCACGGACUUGUUUUCAGUUUGUUUGUCACCGAGUGGCUGGAGCAGGACGGCUCCAAGUCCGUCUUCAUCUGGCUGGGCGUCAUCCAGCUCGUGGUGGUGGCGUUUGCCGCGCCGCUGUUUGUGUAUGGCAAGAGGUGCCGCAUGUGGACGGUGCGGAACAACUUUAUGGAGAAGUUUUGAAAGCGACAACGUAUAUACGGAUGUAGUGCGCUUGAAACAGGGUCACAGGUCAUCGCAGGGAACGAGCUGACCCAGGCGCUGGAGCAGAGCUCCCCUCACAUUCUACGGAUGAGCCGACACUUGUUGGAAUCCGAGGACUAGCCCAGGAUCCACCACAUCUACCGCAGAACCUACGGAGACAGUGAUGUCAGUCAGCUGAUAGAAUGGCAACAAUGUUUGCCGACUUCGCAGAGGCUCGCUGUCAGUACGGGAAACGAAGGCACAGCUAAGCCAGGAUCACCGACAACGAUGACAUUGAGGGUCAUCGGCUCCAGUACAUGUUCACCAGUAACGGAACUGAAAUGGUCGCCUAUUGUCAAGUUAGAUUCCUCCAUGUUCCUGGUCCUAGAGCAUUUCAUCAUAAGGUUUUGGUAGGGAAGGAAUCCAUGUACAAUAUUAGCUCCAGAAUUAUGGAGCAUGAUAGAUACCCAGAGAUACCUUGGGACGGCAUUUUGCAUGGGGUGGUUUUUUUGAGCGAUUUUUAUUUUAUUUUAUUUUUCAGCGCAAGCGUGGUUCGACUAAACAUGCCCGC